AACAAAAUGGCAGAUUACGAGAUAAUGUUACACGACAGAAUCAAUACUUAGACAGGGAAUAUUAGGCUACACUCAGCUGUAAAAAAUAAAAUUUUAAAUAUAAAUAACAAAAUGGCAGGGGCUAUGUUUGAGAGUGAAAAGACUCGUAUUUUAAAAGCCAUUGUUAAUAAUGAUGUCCCAGCUCUAAGAACAGCUUUAAAAGAUGGAGAAAAUCCUCACUACACUGAUAGGAAACGUAACACAUACCUCCAUUAUGUAUGUACCAUGUAUCGUCCUGUCAUCUUUCACAUUAUUGUGGGAACAGGAAUCAAUCUAAAUGCACAGAACAGGCAUGGAAACACAGCCCUCCAUGUGACUGCUCUACAGAAUGAAUGCUGCCAUGUAGGAGACCUCUUAGCAGCUGGGAUCAACCCAAACAUCAAAAACAAAGAUAAAAAAACUGCAGCAGAAAUUCCUACCAAAAAUAAGUUCUGGAAAAGUAUUUAUUAUAAAUAUCAGCCAGGUAUAUUUGAAGCAGUCAGCAGCCAUGAUGUUGAUGCAGUCUUGCACUUGUUACACUGCUGGUCAAGAGUGGACACCAAAAGAGAUGGUCAAACACUAAGGCAGUAUGCAGCUGCUCUUAAAUUUCACGACAUUGUCUAUCAUAUUGAUGUUCAUAUGCACACCUUGAGUGCUAUUCACGCAGUGCUAGAAGAAAACACAGAGAAAGCAUGGACAUAUUUAUCUCAUCCUAAAUGUGAUGUCAAUUUUCUUAACUACGCAGCAGACUCCAGCCAUAUCCUCCAGUACGCCAUCAAACUUGGGGAUGUCAGACUGGUCCGUAUGAUCUGUAAGGCAAACAUCAAUGUCAACAUCAGAGUUACUGUUGAAGGUUAUCUCAAGGCUCCACUAUUCUUCUGUGCUAUUGGUCCAAAUAUUCCAGAGGAAAUUAUGUGGCCUGUACUGAAAGCUAAUGCUGACUUCACCCUCAAAGACGAGAGAGGCCGGAAUGCUGCCAUCUAUGCUCUAGACAAGACUAAUAGGAAAAUAUCUUGUGAGGUGGUUUCCUUUAUGAUGAAGAAUGGACUGGAUUUAUCUCAGAGAGAUUGUACAGGUGUAACACUGAGAGAUGUUGUCAGGUUUGCUGUGAGGAAAGACAUCCUCACAGUUAUAGACACAGAUUAUGUCAAACUUAUCAGAUCUUCCAACAUGAAAGAGUUAGAGAGGCUGGCUGUAAUGGGCUAUGACAGUUUGCUAAUCAAUUUUAACUACAGAGAUACAUUUAUCUAUGCUAGUGGCAAUGAGACAGAAGAUGUUGUGCAUUUCACCCAAUGGCUGCCCAUGUUUUGUGCUGAAGUUACAGAAUUUCACCAGUUAGUCCAAGAUGGCAGCCAUGCAGACGUCAGCAAAUAUCUGGCCACUUGUAGUCGCCCUGAUUUACUGGUUAAUGCCAGAGACAAGGGUGGUAGAUCAGCCUUACAUCUCAGUGUCCUCUAUGGGCACCAGGACGUUCUUCAGCUCCUGCUGGCUCACCAAGAUGUGGACAUCAAUGUCACUGACAAUCUAGGAAGAUCAGCCUAUCACUAUGCUUGUUCUAUUGAAGAGGAAGCUGAAAGGAAACAACUGUGUCAUUUACUUCUAGAUGCUAAGGCAAAUGCUGAUACUCUUGACAAUAAAAACCGUAAAGCUUCCUACUAUAUGAGUCACACAGAUGAGGCAAGUACAUGGAUUGCCAAAGAAAGAAAGACACAUUAUGGGAUGGUGAAACAGUUGGCAUGUGUAGAUAAGUAUCAAGAGUUGUGUCACCUGAUAAAGCACAAGAGAAAACCAAUCAAACAUUUUGAAUCAGCCAUAAAAAAAUUUAAACAUCCAGUUGCACAGUUUGAAAAUAUUCUGAGGCCUUUAAUGCCAGACUAUAGAGAUUUACUCUUUGUUGCCAUGGACAACGGUCAAGAAGAAAUAGCCACAAGGCUCAUACACCUGGGAGCUGAUUGGACCAUACAGCAACUUUGUGAGGUCAAGACCUCAUCAGGUGAAGAUGUUACAACAGAACUACAACCUGUUACAGUGUACCACAGAGCCAAUCAACUGGGGAUGAAAAAACUCACCCGCGCCAUAGACAGAAGGAGAGAAUUUUUUGACCGGAACACAAACACCAACUUCAGUACACGUGUCAGUGACACUAUGUCAAAUAGCCUGGUCAGUGACACUGUGUCAAAUAGCCAGACAUUGGAAGUUAUACGCAAGUCAGGUGAUGUGGCAAAAGUUGACCAGUGGAUGGCCAGUGAUGGUAUGGAGGGUGAUGGUAUUAACAAAUAUAAUGAUGUCGUGUUUGAAGAGAAACUUACAGAUGACAUACUUGAAGAUAUUUUAGAAUGUAAUGUGACUUUGGAUAGUGGGGAAUGGGGUGAUGAUUCUGCUACACAAGAAGAAGACAGUGAUUUACUUGCUGUCAUGUAAUGAUUGUUUUCUAUCAUCUGAUCACACUUUUUAGUUUUGCCAAAUCCAUCUUUUGGAGAAAACCUGAAAUUUUGCAUUUAUCAAAGACUGUCUGUUUCCUAUCGAUUCAAUUAAACUAUUAGUAUUAGUAUAAUAUUUUUAUACAUAUUCUUUUCAAACAAAUAAUAUACAUUUCCAUCUGUGAUAUAUGAUUACUUUUUAACACGUUUUUAUUAACUCAGCUUCGCGUGUGUUUGUUGUUAAAAUUGACUUCGAAAAUUAGCCCACUUCUGAUUGUUCUAUAGAUCUGAAAUUUGGCAUGCAGGCUACUUUCGCCUAACAAUUUCAGAUGCAAUCAUAAAAACUAGCAAUUAGAGACCGUAAUUAGCUUAAUUUAAUUACGCCCUAAGGACCAUAAAAUUGAGGACAUGAUUUCUAAAGAUACCGACAAGACUGGAGGCCUAUUGAGACAGUUACUUCGGCCCCUAUCGAUGUAAGCGCGCUGGCCGUGAUCGUAUAGUGGUUAGUACUUCGCGUUGUGGCCGCGACAACCCAGGUUCGAAUCCUGGUCGCUCAAGAUUUUUAGUCCGUGUAUUUAUAAACACUUAGUCAAGUCAUACUUGAAGCCAAUAGGGAUGUCUUGGGAGAUGUCAAAAUUAAUAGCCGAGGAUAGGAAGAAAUGGAAGGAAAUGGUGGAGGCCCUAUGCUCCAUAAGGAGCAAAGAGGACUAACAACAAGUCAUACUUAAUCAAGUCAUUAGAUAAAGUAGAAAAUAAACUAUAUAAAAAACUUUUUUAAAAACCACGUUUUUCAUGUGUAGCAACGGACUAAAAAGGAGAAAAUAAAAUACUUAAAAA